UCUAGGUAGUAAUUAGUGUAGUUCCAAUUUUUCAUUUAUUUUUUCCACAGUCAUUCAACAAGGGGUUUCAUUUUUGUGCCGAACAGUCUAGACAUGUUGCACAUUUUAUGACACUUAUACAUUUAAUUGUUUUGGAGAUAAGAAUUUGUUUUAGCAUUGUUUCGACCUCCCCCUCCGUGAGAUGCAACGUUAUUAAGUAGCAUCCUUCCUUGAGCUGUGAGGUUUGAGUUUACAGAUUAGUAUUUUAUUGUAUGUUUUAACCCACAUAUAGUUAAAAUCACAAUGUCGGUGGCGUUUGCACCUCACAGACCGCGCGGAAAGGGUGAUAUAACUCCCGCAGGCAUUCAAAAGUUACUGGAUGAAAAUAACCAACUGAUACAGUGCAUAAUGGAUUUUCAGAGCAAAGGAAAGACGGCUGAAUGUUCACAGUACCAACAGAUGCUUCACAGAAACCUUGUAUACCUGGCUACGAUAGCAGACUCUAAUCAGAACAUGCAGUCUCUCCUUCCUGCUCCCCCAACCCAGAAUAUGCCUAUGCCGGGUGGCAUGAACCAGAGCGGCCCUCCUUCCCAGGCCCCCCACGGACACAACAUGCCCUCUGAGGGCCCACCUGCCGCACACAUGCAGAGCCAGAUGAAUGGACAGAUGCCUGGCCCUAACCACAUGCCCAUGCAGGGCCCUGGCCCCAACCAGCCCCCCAACAUGCCUAGUGGUGCCAUGAACAUGCCCCCCAGCAGCCACGGCUCCAUGGGCGGUUACAACCAUGCCGUGCCCUCCUCACAGGGCAUGCCCACUCAAGGCCAGAUGAACAUGAGCCAAGGCCAGCCAAUGGGAAGCUACGGCCCACGACCUAGCAUGAACAUGCAGCCCAGUCAAGGUCCUAUGAUGCACCAGCAGCCACCCUCCCAGCAGUACAACAUGCCCCCUGGUGGCGGCGGGCAGCACUACCAGGGCCAGCAGAAUCCCAUGGGCAUGAUGGGCCAAGUGAACCAGGGCAACCACGUCAUGAGCCAGAGACCCAUGCCCCCCUACAGGCCACCACAGCAAGGUCCUCCUCAGCAGUACCCAGGCCAGGAGGAGUACUAUGGAGAACAGUACAGUCACGGUGGGCAGGGAGCUCCUGAAGGUGGAGCAAAGAACUUACAGAAGCUUGUUACAAACUCUGGAAGUGCUCAGUAUGCCCAGCAGCAGGAGGCCUACCAGCAGGGCCCCCCUCAACAGCAGGGCUACCCACCCCAGCAGCAGUAUCCUGGACAGCAGGGCUACCCUGGUCAGCAGCAAGGCUACGGUCCAUCUCAAGGAGGCCCUGGGCAGUAUCCCAACUACCCUCAGGGUCAAGGCCAGCAGUACGCGGCCUACAGGGCCCCACAACCAGGACCUCCACAAGCUCAGCAGCAGCGUCCCUAUGGCUAUGAACAGGGACACAUGAGGAAAUAAAGGACCGGGUAUUUCAACCCCUGACUAGAUCUGUAAGAAGCAAAGGGGCAGUAUGGAAACUACCAGCAGUGAAAAAACACAGGCAUUGCACUUCCAUGAGCGCUCACUCAUAGUGCUCCCCUCUCUGGACCUGUAGAAGGGCUAUUGCUCUCUGAGACCCACCUAUUACACACACACACACACACACGCACACACACACACAAUUGCUUAUGAAAACAUAGCUGCCCUAGAUUACACAUUCUGUGUCUCUCUGUAUCUCUGCCUCUCUUAUUUACACACACACACACACACAUUGAAAGAUACUUUUAUUUUUAAUGUGAAGACUGAGCGAUUUGUAAAGUUUUUUUUUUUUUUUUCUUCUUUUUUCUUGCUUGUUUAAACAACUAAUUUGUAUUAUGAAUAUAAUGAUUUUUGACAUUACCACUUUUCUUGUGAGCAUUUUGGGCCAUCUGAAAGCAGCGAUGCCUUAAGUGUUUCAGAGCUGCCUUCUCACUCUAUUUUACGUUUCUGAUUUGUUUCGAUUCCAGACAAGGCUACAUGCUCACAACACUAAUCAUGCCCCUGUCAGUUCCAAGGUUGUGAUGUGUAUAGCCCUUAAGGCUCUGCUAUGAGUGGACUCCUGUAUAGUAAGCAAUAAUGUGACUGUGAGAAGGAGGCUCUUGAGCUGUGACCUUGUACCAGGGAAUAUUCAUUUGUGACCAGGUCAACCAAAAUGAUAUUAUGUGUACAAAUGUAUUUACGCUUUUUAGAUAGAGCUGAAUUUGUUAGAGGAUUUGUGAACUAGUUCUGAGCUGGCCUGCCUCCAGAACACACACACACACACACACACACACACACACACACCUCCCCAGUCACUUUUUGUGUUAGGAUUUGUUUAAAAUGCAUUGAGGGGUCUCAUCUCACGCUGCUUCUGUUUGCUUACCAGUCUAUAUUGUGUUUCAUUAUCUCAGAUGCCAUCACUUAUUUUUCAGUUGUUCACUAGGGACUCUUCCAUUUAAACUGAAAUGAGUGAACUGUAUAUAGUCAUUUUUCUUGGAAUAAACAGCUGGUGUGAACACAUCCAAAUGUAACAAGUGAGGAGCCAAGUUAUUAAAGCAUUUUUGGGCCAAUGUUGCAGAUGACUAGGAGGUAUAGAAUUUUUGUUUUUGUUUGGAGAAUUGUUAACAAAGUAAACACUCCAUGAUUGUAACACACACUUUCAAAUUAUUUUUCAGAGAGUUAGUAAGAGUAGCCUGUGUCCACUUUUACUCUCUCUCUGAAUGCACCAAGACAUUGUGGACUUGAGUUUAAAAACUAGAGUGUGAAACAAAUUCAUAUGAAACAUCAUGUCUCUGUGACAGUGGUUGAUGUCUGGGUUUUUAGAUUUAUGUCCUUUAUAUACAGCGUGGCUUUGACAAAAAAAACACAGUAUUUGCUCAAAUGAACAGUUUUAUAUGUAAAGGAGUCCCGUUGUGUGAUCUCCAGAUUUGCGUUAGACGUUGAUGUCCUAAUGAUUUACAGUAAUUUGCAGUGAGACUCUUGUGUAGUCUGCAGACAGGAGCUCUAGAAACAUGUUGCUCUCUGUUAUUGUAAAGGCCUUGAUUUGUUGUCUGCUUCCUCUCUGAGGGGGUCAUCGCUGUCUGUGGUUUCACCACCCUGUAAAGCUCUAUGUCUCUGUAACUGAAACAAAAUGUCAGAAUAAAUUAUUGUGACUUUUUUCAUAA